GUCCACUCGAAUAGCAUACGUACUACGUACGUGAACUCUCAGUCUCACCGCAAGACCCGAGGAGUUUGUGUUAUAACUAAGCCCCCUUCAGAUGACAAUGAGCCUGGGCAGUGGACAAACGAGCCGGCUGCUGCUGGCCUUGAGUAAUACCGGCCAAAGUCUUAUCUUGAAGUCUAUAUGUUCGCAGAAGCCAUCCACCCGGAGCUCCUUCAGCUCCAUUGCCAUGGGUGUGCCUCGGUCUCCCGUCCGUCGAUAAGCAGGCUGACUUCCUGGGGACCUGGCCUUCGUCUUCUAUCUCUCCAUUGCGAGCCAAUGGUGACGUAUAUCUGUAAGCACUCCUGCGAACAUGAAAUGGCCUACGUUCCGAUCCCUGAAUCCUCAUCCUCCCCGACUCGAUGUCUGCCGCUCUUGCUGACCCUCCCGCUCCCAAGCAGUCACCCGUCACACGAGAUGUCCUCCAGCAGACGGCUGCGAAGAUUGGUGUCCGCGUUCCAGCAGAGAAGGAGAUUGAGUUCACCGAAAUGCUAGCGAGUGCCAGGGAAGCAAUGGAGCAGGUGUUAGCUAUGGAUGAUUAUUAUCCAGUGCCUGACCUAGAGAAGUACCCUCGCACAGAGAUCGCACCUGUUCCUGCGGGCGAGAAUCCGUACAACGCCUGGGCUACUAAGGUAGUAGUAAAGAACCCCAACAAAGAGGAGGUGGAAGCCGGUAUCCUCGCGGGCAAGCGAGUAGUUCUGAAGGAUAACGUUUGUCUCGCUGGCGUCCCUUGUCACUUCGGGACAGACGUCUUCACAGAUUGGGUACCACACACAGACGCCACAGUUGUCACUCGCACACUUGAAGCAGGCGGAAUAAUCAUUGGGAAGGCCACAUGCGAGAGCUUUUCAGCCUUCGGAAUAUCAAACACUUCGGCAAUCGGUCCUGUGGGCAAUCCGUACGACAAGACACGGUCUGCCGGCGGCUCUAGUUCUGGUUGCGGUGUGCUCAUCGCAAUCGGCGAGGCUGACCUUGCCAUUGGCGGGGACCAAGGAGGUUCCAUCCGUCUGCCCGCCUCGCACGUCGGCAUCGUCGGGCUGAAGCCGACCUUCGGGCUCGUGCCCUACACUGGCAUUGUCUCCAACGAAGUCUCGCUCGACCACACCGGGCCCAUGUCGCCCGACGUGCUCUCGAACGCCCUGCUCCUCCGCGCCAUCGCAGGCACAGACGGAAUCGACGACCGGCAGAUCGCCGGCACACCCUCACGCGCACACGUCCCUGACUAUCCCGCGCUGCUGGCAGCGGCGCGAGGCCGGCCGGGCGCCCUUCUACAGGUAGGCUUGCCGUCGAACGCGACUGGCUCGGAGCCGGGAGAGACGCGCAAGAUGCGGGUGGGCAUCCUGAGGGAGGGUGGGAUGUGCCAGGCGGCGGACCCGAGGGUGGUGGAGUGCGUGACUCACGCGGCGAGGAAGUUCGAGGAGCUCGGCGCGGAGGUCGUGGAGGUCAGCGUGCCUGGCCAUGUGCAGGCGUCGUUGAUUGGCCGCGCGCAGAGGUUCUCGCAAGCAAACAACAUGCUGGGUCGUGCGAGCGGGACGCGGCAGUUGUACCUGACCGACUUUGUGGAGAAGGUCCUUCCGUGGAACCAGGGGAAGUUCGAUAAGCUUUUUGCAAACUCCGCGAACAUUCUCAUCAAUGGCAUCUACGCCGACGAACAUUAUCCGCAGCUGCAUGGCAAGACCCACAACCUUUUCCGUAAGUUGCGGUCAGAGUACGACGCUGUCCUCGAGGACGUCGACAUCAUCGUCAUGCCAACAAUCCCAUGGGUCCCCAAGGUCAUGCAGCCACGGGAGGCACCUCUCCUCGACCACUACAAGGAUUACAAUGGACUGACAUUCAACACGCUGCCGUUCAACAACACCGGCCAUCCCGCGUUGUCCAUCCCUUGCGGAAUGCUAUCUCCACCAGAGGGCCCAGAAGCUCUGCGACUGCCAAUCGGCAUGCAGCUGGUCGGGAGGUUCUGGGAGGAACUCACGCUGUACAAGGCCGCGUUGGCAUGGAGCGAUGCGUACAACUGGAAGGAGCUCUGAGAAAGUAGGGGAUGC